AUGAGUGUUGUUAAGUUUGUUAAAACUGGUUGGUGUUUUGGAAGUGGUGAUGGUGUUGGUAUUUGCGAUGAAUUUCUUCUGGAUGCCGAUCGUAAUGAAGGUGUCGACGAUGAACGUUUACUCUUGAAGAGCAUUCGGAUGCCAGACACAACAACCGAUGCUACGGCUGCGAAUACUAACGCCACCCAGAGAAGCGCUAGCCAGUUCGGCAGAAAGUUCAUGCUUUUAGUAUUGGUUUUAUUAGCACUAUCUUUUACAUUUAAUAACGUGUGUUUAGCGGAUGCUAAAGAUAAGGAUAAAGAUCAAGAUCAAUUUAGCGAUGUACUUGUUACUUUAAGUAGAUUCUCGGACGAUAGUGUAAAUGGUACUAUCAGUGGUGCUGUACUUGCAAAUGUUACCGCUUUGAUUAAGGGAGAGAAUAAUGAUACUGUAGAGGGUUUGAUGAAUGGUACAAUCACCGCAGUUGUAACUGGUAGUUAUAACAGCACUGCCAAUGAAACUGUAAUUUCACUGGUCACUGGUGAUUUCACAGGUACACUCAAUGGUACGGUAAAAGGAACCGAAGAUGUGAAUGUCACUGUUGUAGUCACAGGUAUAGUGAAUGGUACUCUAAUCGGUUCAUCAAACGAUACUAUAAUGAUCGGUAAAUUAGUUCUCAAACUAAAUGGUACUGUUAAUGGUACAAGUGUUAAACCAACACCGACAACAACAACUACAUCAACAACAGCAAGUGGAAGUUCAUCAGAUGGAGGUAAAGCAGGUGGAAGUGAAUCAGGUGGAGGUAAAGCAGGUGGAAGUGAAUCAGGUGGAGGUAAAGCAGGUGGAAGUGAAUCAGGUGGAGGUAAAGCAGGUGGAAGUGAAACAGGAAAGACAGUAGAUAAUAAAGGUUUAAAAUUAGAUCCUUCAUCAAUGACAGGAAAUGGUUUCGUAAGAACGAUCUCUUUUGUACGACUUGGAUUACAAGAUGAAGAUCCAACUUUGGCCAACGUUACCGGUACCAUCACCGUUGAAUUCAAUAGUACGAUCAACGGUACAUUAGCAUUCAUACCUGAUGCCACUAAAGAGCCAUCUGGAAAAAUAGAAGAAUCAGAUGAUAAUCCAUAUCCAACAUCUGCAGGAUAUAUAAGUCUUACAACUAUCGUUUACACUCUUGGUGGAGCAUGUGUUCUAUUUAUUGGAUACUUAUUCUUCAGAAGAAUGAGAGUAGCUAAAACAACAACCAAGACCAACAGAUCUCGUAAUGGUGACUACGAAAUGUUGAACCAAAUGAGAGAUUAG